UCGGCCAUCCCACUACAACCUCCCUUUUUAUACUCUCCUCCUGUCCAGACCUGUCAACCAAAAAAAAAGAAAUCCUACAGUCCCAUAGACUCCAAAGAAUCCAUGAAUCCAGAGCCUAGUCUUCCCCUCCUCCUCCACCUCCCUCUCCUCCUCCUCUUCCUCCUCUUCACCACCACCAGCUCCCAAAACACUUCCUCUACCGCUGAGACUACCACAGCAAAUGCCAACAUCUCUUCUUGCCUGCUCUCCUCCCAUGUUCAAAACUUCACCCUCUACUCCUCUCCACCUUCCAUCCAAUACUCCAAUCUCCUCAACUUCUCCAUCCAAAACCUCUGCUUCGCUGGCCCCUCCAUCCACAAGCCCUCCGUCCUCAUCCUCCCAAAGACCCAACAUGAACUCCAGAGCUCCAUCCUUUGCUGCCGUUCUUCCUCCUUGGCCAUUAGAGUAAGGAGCGGCGGCCACAGCUAUGAAGGCUUAUCCUACACCGCGGGACAGCACACACCCUUCGCGGUCAUCGACUUGAUGAACCUGAACCGGGUCUGGAUCAAUUCCGGCUCGUCCACAGCCUGGGCCGAGUCGGGCGCUACACUGGGCGAGAUAUACUACGCUGUGGCCCGGUCCAACCGGUCCCUCGCCUUUUCUGCCGGCUCCUGCUCGACUGUCGGCAGCGGUGGCCUCAUCUCCGGAGGCGGCUUCGGCUUCCUCUCUCGGAAGUACGGCCUCGCCGCCGAUAACGUCUUGGACGCGGUUCUCAUCGACCCGGCCGGUCGAGCUCUGGACCGGAAAGCGAUGGGCGAGGACGUCUUCUGGGCCAUCCGGGGCGGCGGUGGCGGAAGCUGGGGGGCGGUCUACGCGUGGAAGCUCCGGCUCGUCCCGGUCCCGGACCCGGUCACCUUGUGCUCCAUCAACCGGCCCGGCUCGAUCAGGCAAGUUGCCGAGUUGACUCACAAGUGGCAGUACGUGGCCCCCAAUCUCCCGGACGAGUUCUAUCUCUCCACGUACAUCCAAGGGUCAACGAGUGGCAACCUCACCAACUCGUUCUCGGGCCUAUUUCUCGGCCCUAAUGGAACGGCAAUUCGCAUCCUGCGCCAACGAUUCCCCGAGUUGGCCGUAUCAGAAUCGGAGUGCAGCGAGAUGAGUUGGAUCGAAUCGGCGGCCCAGUUGGCAAAUAUAAACUCCGUCUCCGAUCUACUGAACCGCAAACCGCGCGCGAAGUCGUACUUCAAGGCCAAGUCGGACUACGUGAGGGCCCCAAUCCCAAUGGAUGGUCUGAUCACAGCCAUUGAUUUGUUAUCCAAGCAGCCAAAAGCGUACGUUAUUUUUGAUCCUUACGGUGGAGAGAUGGGCAGGAUAGCGAGCGGUGAUCUGCCGUUCCCUCACCGGGGUGGGAAUUUGUAUGGGAUCCAGUACAUGAUCGAGUGGAAAAAGGGAGAGGAUGGAAUGGCGUACGUGGCAUGGAUACGGAGGCUCUACGGGUACAUGGGACGGUUCGUUUCGAAGAACCCCCGGGCGGCGUACGUGAAUUAUGUGGACCUUGAUCUUGGGACCAUUGAAUGGACCACAGGAAGUGGUGGGUCCUGGGACGCGGUGGGUGUGGCGCGGGCGUGGGGUGAACCGUAUUUCUUGGGGAACUACGAUCGGUUGGUGAGGGCCAAGACGGAAAUUGAUCCGGAUAAUGUGUUCAGAAACGAGCAGAGCAUUCCUCCUUUGCCAAAAGAAGGUUCUUAAAGUAAUAUUAUUCCUUAAUAUUCAUACCUUGCACUGGUAGAUUGAGGUGCCUAUUAAGUCCUCAAAAAUAAAAAUUAAUUCAAAAUCUUACUCAAGAAUGUUUUCUGAUCAAUGUACCUCAAUUUGCAUGUCCUUUUGAGCAUUUGUAUGUGUUGUAUCAAAUAAGUCUGCAAGGCUAUUGUGUUAUACUUGUUAAUUCUUUUUGGUACUGAUUCCUUUAAUUUUGUGGAUUGCUAAAAAGUCUCUG